UGAUUCCCUCGUGGGAUUCAUUGUGUACUGCACUUUUGUGACGAUAAUGGAAUGGGGGAAAAUGUGUGAUGGUGAAGACGUUAAGGAAUUUCCAUUCUCUUAAUUGAGUAUUUCGAAUUAGAUGGUUUUCAAGGCGACGACAGCAGGAUUUCGAGAGGCGACUGAAACUGAAUUUGCCAAAGUAAUAAUUACAAUCUUUGUUCCUCCAAACAUCGGGAAUCUGCAAGCACGAAUAGAUGCACUCUCCUCGUUCGUGUCUGUGGCGGAGCAUGUUGAACACUUCGAAAGUUUCUUCACUCUUUAUAAUAUCCGCACAAAAUGUGAAUACUUUGAAAUUUUGCACUGA